AUGAAGAAUGGCGAGCUCGCGAAGGAAUGGCCCGAGGACCUGCGCGACAGCGCGGCGCCCAGCCACCAGCCGUUCGGCUCGCAGUACUGGCUGCGCAGUGGGCACGCGGCCUGGUGCCCGCCGCCCACCCCGGUGCAAGUGGUGAUCUGGUCGAGUGCGACGAAGGAGAAUGUGAACCGCAUGGUCGAGACGAUCAUGACCAAGCCUGUGCAGCGCGGUCUCCUGCAGCGCGUGUGGGCUCGCGAGACGCUCGUGGUGCCCCGCCUGCUCGGCGUGAAGGUCGACACGACGAAGGACCUGAGCAUCGCGUGGGACGAGCUGAACCAGUGGGAGCGUCACCUGUGUACGCGCAGCACACCACUGAGCGCGCCCUCGUUCCUCUCUCGCGCGCGCGCCGAGGACCGCCUCCUGCACUUCCGGCAGGACCGCCGCGCAUGCGAGCGACGCCAAAAGCGCAAGGAGGUCGGUGGCGACGUGCCCAGAGCGUUCGCGAACGUGUCUGACGAGCUGUUUGCCGAGACGCAGUUCCGCCUCAGCGACGACGGCGCGCACUCGUCGUACGGCCCGCUGCUGGACGAGCCGUUCGGACCCCGGAACACCGUCCUGCUGGACGACAGCGCGAAGAAAGCGCGGUGCCAGCCGCUCAACCACAUCUGCAUUCCUGACUAUGGAAAGUCCCAGGCGCAGCGCUACCGUGAGUACACGUCGUCCACUUCGUCUGACGUGGCCGAGGAGGACCUCGACGACUACCUGCUACAGUUCGUGGGCGUGCUGGACGCGCUCCUGCACGUCGACGACGUGACGCAGUGGUCGCCAGAGGAGCGGGCCCAGUGGGUCGCGCGCGGCCGCGCGGCUCUGACGCGCCUGUGCAUUCCCAUAGUCCCGUAG